AUGCAGGUGCUCAAGGAACCCCCUGCCCUGAUGGCAAUGAGGUGCCAGAGGGACUGGUGCUAUUCCAGCAGUCUGUUCAGUAUUAAGACUGAGAAAGUUGUGGAAAUUCAGAACGUCUGGUACGGGACUCUCAAGUGGCUUAUUUCUGUGCUCGUUCUCAUCUACAUCUGCUUUGGCUUGUGGAGUGAGAAAUUGUACCAGCGCAAGGAACCCCUUAUCAGCUCCGUGCACACCAAAAUUAAAGGAAUAGCAGAGGUGACCGAAGGAAAUAAGACCAGAGUGCUGGACCCGGCAGAUUACACUUUUCCCUUGCAGGGAAAUUCAUUCUUUGUAAUCACUAACUUCCUAACCACAGAAGGCCAGAGGCAGGGGAUUUGUCCCGAGUUUCCCACCAACAAGACUUGCUGUUCUUCUGAUCAGGAUUGCAAAAAGGGCAGGACUGACCCACUGAGCAAAGGGGUUCCAACAGGAAAGUGUAUAAAAUAUAACUUGACCAGUUACCACCCAAAGACCCGUGACCUCCCUGAGAUCUGCCAGCACCAAAAGACCUGUGAAGUCUCUGCCUGGUGUCCUGUAGAGCCAAGCAGAGAGACUCCUCAGCCAGCACUCCUAGCCAGUGCUGAAAACUUCACCGUCCUCUUAAAGAACAGCAUUCACUUCCCAGGCCACAACUAUAGCACAAGAAAUAUCCAUCCAGGAAUGGACAUUUCCUGUACAUUUCACAAGACCUUCAAGCCAGACUGUCCAAUUUUCCGGCUAGGAGAUAUCUUACAGGAAACAGGGGAAAAUUUUUCAUCUAUGGCCAUCUACGGUGGAAUUGUGGGCAUUGAGAUCUACUGGGAUUGUAACCUAGAUGCCUGGUCCCAUUCCUGCAGCCCCAAAUAUAGUUUCCGUCGCCUGGAUGACAAGAAGACCAACAAGUCUUCGCAUCCAGAGAAUGGAUGGUUAGCUUCAGUUUUAUCAAGAUCUUUCAGAUAUGCCAAAUACUAUAUGGAAGGGGGUAGAGAAAAACGAACUCUCAUCAAAGUUUUUGGGAUCCAAUUUGACAUUCUGGUUUUCGGGACAGGAGGAAAAUUUGACAUUAUCCAGCUGAUUGUGUACAUGGGGUCCACUAUCUCCUACUUUGGUUUGGCCACGGUGUUGAUCGAUUUUCUUAUUCAGAUGUAUACAAAGAACUGCUGUCGAUCUUGGUUUUAUCCCUGCUGUAAGGUCUGUGAGCCCUGCUCUGUCAAUGAAUACUACUACGAAAGGAAAUGUGAAACCAUUGGCCAGCCUGUGUCGACAUUAAAGUAUGUUUCCUUUGUGGAUGAGCCGAACAUUAGGAUGAUAAAUCAAGAUUCACUAAGGAAAAGUUUGCAAGAUGUAGAGGGCGAAGAAGUUCCAAGACCCCAAAAGGAUUUCAUAGGUUUGGACAAGCUGUCCCCAUCACCACAUCCUGAGACCAGCCCCAGCCCUGUAUCUCCAGAAGAAAUGCAGCUUCCUGAAGAAGAGCCAGGUUGUCCAUCACAUUCGAGACCUGAGUGGUGCCGCUGUGGACAUUGCCGUCCAUCCCAACUCUCAGACAGCAGCAGGUUCACAGAGGAGCUCUGCUGUCGCAGGACAGAGGGUCCCUGCAUCACCACCUCAGCCAUUUUUGAGGAGCUGGUCCUCUCCAAGUCCACGCUGCGCUUCAUCUUGCUCUACCAAGACCCUUUGCUGGAGGUGGAGGCGGUCUCCUUGAACGACCAGCUCCGUCACUGUGCAUACAGGCGCUAUAUUGACUGGCGCUUUGGCUCUGAGGAUAUGGCUGGCUUUGCUAUCAUGCCCAGCUGUUGCCGGUGGAAGAUCCGGAAACGCUUUCCCAAGAAGAACGCAAAGUAUGCUGGCUUCAGGAGUCCUAACAGAUAUAACUGGAGCAUCAGAGCUCCUCGCCGUUAUUCUUCUAAAGAUUCAUCCGUCUAA